AUGCCACCAAAACUAAUCCUUCUUCGUAAUAUCUUUUCAAUUAAUAUAAAUAUAUUAUAUAUGUAUACAAUUCUUGCUUUAGAUAAUUAACUGGCGAAUAAUCUCCCAUGGCAUGGAAUAGCUCGCUAGCUAGUGAGUUUGUUGCCUUGUUGGCGGGAUUAAUGGGUAAAAGAACUCAAACCCACCGAUUAAUCAGGGCAUUUCAUUUGGACCAUUUGGCCCCACCAACAGAUUUAACCAUUAAUUAAUCAUAAUCCGCCUUAAUUACUAUUAUUUAUUUAUUUGUUUAAUUAUGGGUGGUUAAUUUGGAAAUUACGUCAUCCAUCAAACAUUCAAACCGGACUUUUUCUUCUGAAAAUAAGAUAUACCUGCAAGGCUGCGACAUAAGCGUACUCCACCCAUAUCUUAUCAGUACUCACCCGCUCACUCGCUCACUCUCUCUACUUUCCAAUUAGGUAAGCUUGCUCAGCUUUAGCCUUUAGCCUUUAGCCAAUUAGUCAGCCAUGGUUAUGGAGCUUUUCUUCUCUAUCCAAAUUCAAUCUCUCCUCUGCCUUCUUCUUCUUCUUUUUCUUCUGCUUCUGUUUGCAUAUUUCUACCUUUACUUUGUUGGCCAUGGCCGCCAUAUUAAUAUUAAAAACUCAACCCACAAAAGAAGCAAACAACCUUCAGCAGCAGCAGCAGGAGGAGGAGGACAAGGGUUCAAAAUCUACCCCAUCCUGGGAGCCCUACCAGAAUUCCUGUACAACAGGCAUCGGUUCCUUGAAUGGACCACUCAAGUCCUCCGCAGGUGCCCCACCAAGACGUCGGUGUUUCGGCGGCCGGGGAAGGUCCACGGCAUCAUGACGGCCAACCCAGAGAACGUGGAGCACAUGCUGAAGACCAACUUCCAAAACUACCCGAAAGGUGACCGCUUCAAUUACCUGCUGCAAGACUUUCUGGGGGAGGGAAUCUUCAACUCGGAUGGUGAGCUGUGGAAGCUGCAGAGGAAAACCGCCAGCUACGAGUUCAACACAAAAUCUCUGCGCAACUUCGUAUUGGAAAACGUGGUGGUAGAGAUGGACACCCGGUUGCUUCCCACUCUGGAGGACGCCUCCCGAAGGGGAUAUGUUGUUGAUUUGCAGGACAUCCUGGAGCGCUUUGCUUUUGACAACGUAUGCAAGUUGGCUUUCAACGUCGACCCUGCUUGUCUCAAUUCCAUGGCUGCCAAUAAUGCCACCAACGCAGGUGCAGGUGCUGAAUUUGAAUUCAUGCGCGCCUUUGAGGACGCUGCCACCCUUAGCUCCGGCAGGUUCAUGUAUGCCUUUCCCAUCGUCUGGCAGAUCAAGAAGUUGCUGGGCGUUGGAUCAGAACGCCGUCUCAGACAAGCCAUCCACACCGUCCACAAAUUCGCUGACAAUAUUAUACGCUCCCGAAUGGAAGCCAACAGCAGCAGCAGCAGCUUACAAAAUGAAAAAGAUUUACUGUCCCGGUUCAUCGCUAAUGAAGAAAACAACUCCCCCGAGUUUCUCCGAGAUAUCAUCAUAAGCUUCAUUCUUGCUGGGCGAGACACCACUUCUUCCGCUCUCUCAUGGUUCUUUUGGCUACUGUCAUCCAGACCAGACGUCCAGAACUCCAUACUCAAGGAGCUGCAAGCAAUUCGGAUACAAAAUACAAAUACUGGGGAAAACAACAACACAUUCUAUUUUAGUUUCAACCAACUCAGGGACAUGCAGUAUUUGCAGGCUGCCAUUUCCGAAGCCAUGCGCCUUUACCCUCCAGUGCCCGUUGAUACCAAAGCCUGCCUGACCGACGACAUUAUGCCCGAUGGGACAUUCGUUGGCAAGGAUUGGUUCGUGACAUACCAUACUUACGCCAUGGGGAGGAUGGAGACCAUAUGGGGAAAGAAUUAUGAUGAAUAUGUCCCCGAGAGGUGGUUGGAUGAUGAUGGUAUGUGCUGCCAAGAGAGCCCCUUCCGCUUCCCGGUAUUUCAUGCGGGGCCGAGAAUGUGCCUAGGAAAAGAUAUGGCUUAUAUUCAGAUGAAGUCCAUUGCUGCUACCGUUAUCGAGAGGUUCGAGAUCGAGGUGGUGGAUGGGGAUAAGCGUCCAGAGCACUUGUUGUCAUUGACCCUCAGAAUGAAAACUGGUUUGCCCGUGAAACUCACAAAGAGAGAACGACUCUAAUUCAAAUCAAAUGGGAUAUAUUAAUACACAAAUCCUACUCUUUAUCACAACCACCCACUUUUUUGUUCA